CCUGAAGGCUCGGACUCAGAACAGGUUGGGUCCUUGCUGGUUGCCACUGGUAGGACUGGGCAGCCGUUGGCUGCCGCACAGACAUGUUGGGGUGGGGGAUUAUGGGACCUUAUCCAGUCGGUUCGUAAUAACGCCUCGAAGACAUUAUCCAAUCCAACAAGCCCAGUAUUCCUUUCCGGGGGUCCUGCCCACAGUGUGCUGGAAUGGUUGUCAUAAGAAGCCCGUGCUGUCUAUUCGUAACUCAAGGAUGGUGUGUAGCCCGGUGACUGUGAGGAUUGCACCUCCAGACAGCAAACCACCUCGUGCUCCAAUGUCUGAGCAAAUAAUCAACUCAACACUGUCCUCACCAUCAAGUGAUACCCCAGACCCAUGUGCAAAGGAGACUGUACUGAACGCCCUCAAAGAGAGGAGGAAAAGGACAGUGGAGGAAGAAGACCAAGUAUUUGUUGAUGCCCAGGAAAAUAAAAGAAGGCGCCAUGAUAGCAGUGGGAGCGGACAUUCGGCAUUUGAACCCCUGGUGGCCAAUGGAGUUCCUGCUUCUUUCGUGCCUAAGCCUGGCACCUUGAAGCGAGGUCUUACUUCCCAGAGUUCAGAUGACCACUUGAAUAAACGCUCACGCACCUCUUCUGUGAGCUCCCUGACAAGCACGUGCACAGGGGGUAUCCUCAGCUCCAGCCGCAACGCCAUCACCAGCUCUUACAGCUCCAGCCGAGGCCUUGCACAGCUGCGGAAGAGGAGUGGACCCACUUCCUCCCCCUUCUCUAGUCCUGCCUCCUCUCGCUCCCAGACCCCAGAGAGGCCUGCCAAGAAGACCAGAGAAGAGGAGGUGUGUCAUCAUGCCAGUUCUUCAACUCCACUGGUGACAGACAAGGAGUCCCAGGGAGAAAGGGUUGUCGAGUCAAACACCUGCAAGCAGCAGAACUCAUGGACUUCCCCAUCUACACCUGGCAGCUCUGGGCGGCGGAAACGGAAGAUUCAGCUGCUGCCCUGCAGGCGAGGGGACCGGCUGACCUUGCCUCCCCCGCCUGAGCUCGGUUAUUCCAUCACCACGGAAGACCUGGACCUGGAGAAGAAGGCUUCACUACAGUGGUUUAACAAAGUCCUGGAGGACAAAGCCAAUGCUGCCUCGAACUCUGUCACUGAGAGCCCAGCCACCACGCAGCCUUCUUUCACUUUCUCUCCACCUACUGCGGUGCCCGAGUCCCCACUGGCAUCCCUCCUGGUGCCCAGCUCGAACCCCCUGCUGGAGAGCUUGAAGAAGAUGCAGAGUCCCCCGGGCUCGCUGUCCUCAGAACCUGCAGGAGUGGCAGCCUCCGUGGCCUCUACACCUCCAAAGACACCCAGCCUCCUGACCCCUGUUGCUUCUUCCCUGUCAGGAUCCCUGCCAGGCACCUCUUCAGACACAAAACCCACCGCCACCCUCCUGGGGUUGGCCCCUGCUGCCUCCAUGGCCCCAGUCACUGACACCAAGCCACCUCCAGCUGCUCAGGCCAAGACACCUGCCAAAGUCCCCGCACCCCCCAGCCCAACUCCUGCUCCUCUCCCCAAGCAGAGCGCACCGUUUGAGAUGCUGAGCCCCCCGCCUUCCAGCUCUGCUGCCCCCGCUGCUGCUCCCAGCCUAUCUUCUGCCUCUCCCAUGUUCAAGCCCAUUUUUGAGCCACCACCUAAAGUCGAGAGAGAAGGGCCCUUGCCGUCUAGCACCCCUCUCGCAGCCACUGCCUCCAGUACCACCCUGCCUGCUACGACCAGCACUGCAAUCCCAGCCUUCAAGCCCAUCUUUGACAGCAUGGGGCCACCUACAUCUGUGCCCUUGUCAGCUCCCUUCUUCAAGCCAACACCUGCUCCGGUCACUACUGCGGCUGCGGCUGCCCCUCUCUUCCCUGCCCUGUCCACCGCUGCCUCCACAGUGGCUUUUGUCACCACAGCCAGUACCUCCACAGACUCUGCUAUGAAGCUCACUUUCAGCUUCAGGUCAAACAGCGCGGUCAGCGCCCUGAGCAGCACGACCAGCACCACUGCUUCCACCUCUCAGCCUUUCCUCUUCGGGGCCCCUCCCACCUCUGCUGCCAGCUUCACCGCCACUGUGCCCUCCAUUUUUCAGUUUGGCAAGUCUCCCACCAUGCCCGUGUCCACAGCCAUCACUAGCUUUGGCCAGUCCCUUCCCAGUGUUGCUCAGCCAGCCACCACCAGCAGCAGCAGCACUACUGCUGGCUUUAGUGGCUUUGGUGGCACCCUCACCACCCCAGCCCCAGUCACCACCAGCCAGUCCACACUGACGUUCAGUCACACGGCCACACCGGCGUUCAACAUUCCCUUUGGCUCAAGCGCCAAGGCCCCUGUCCCACCUCCACCAUACCCAGGGGCCAACCCCCAGGCCACCUUCAGGGCCACAGAUGGGCAGCAGCAGGGCUCCUCCACGCCAGCCCUCGCCCCUAGCUUUGGCAGCUCCUUCACCUUUGGGAACUCUGUGGCCCCAGCUCCGGCUCCCACACCCACCCCAGCCCCAGCCCUGGCCCCUGCCCAGCCUGCCUUUGGCAGCUCUACACAGUCUGCAUUUGGCAGUUUGAAAGCUGCUGCCUCUGUGUUUGGCGCCCCUGCCAGCACGCAGCCAGCCUUCGGCAGCACCACAGCAGUUUUCUCCUUCGGUGUGGCCACCACCUCGGGCUUCGGAGCCACCACCCAAACCGCCAGUAGUGGGACCAGCAGCUCUGUGUUCGGCAGCUCCGCUCCAUCGCCUUUCACCUUUGGGGCGUCAGGGGCCAUGGCCAGCAGCAGUGGGGGCUUUGGGCCUGCGGUGGCUGCCCCAGGCACCAGCUCCACCUCGGGAGCAUUCAGCUUCGGAGCUGGACAGAGCGGGACCACGGGCACCACCACCCCCUUUGGUGGGGGCCUGACUCAGAGUGGCCUGGGCACAGCCAGCCAGAGCACACCGUUCGCCUUCAACGUGGCCAGCACCCCUGAGAGCAACUCUAUGUUCAGAGGAACCUCCACACCCACCUUUGGACAGAGCGCCCCCACCCCUGGCGUGGGCACAGCAGGAAGCAGCCUCUCUUUUGGGACACCGUCAGCAUCCACCCAGGGCUUUGUCGGAGUCACACCUUUCGGAUCAGCGGCCCCUUCCUUCUCCAUUGGUGCGGGAUCCAAGACCCCAGGGGCUCGACAGCGGCUGCAGGCCCGAAGGCAGCACACCCGAAAGAAAUAGCCUGUCUGUCCCUGCCCCUGUCCCCUCACCCACAUCUGGACCUCAGCACCUGCUAGGAAGAGCCUCUGACCCUUCAAGUUCCAUACAGCAAACCUAUCCCAGAUCUGGCUUCAGCCACCAGGGCUCGUGUGGCAGCUCUGGGCCCUUCCCUCCCAAAGGAAGCAGGUGUCAGGGAGGGUAGGGGGGCCAGGGCAGAAGCUCGCUGCAGUUACUUGAAAGUUGCUCUGGUGAGGCUGGAGAACUAAAGAAACACCUGUACAUACUGUCCACUUCCCCAGCUUGCUUAGUGUGCAGCCCAGCCAGGCGCCUCCCGCCUGCCUUCUCUGAGCGCCCUCUUGCCCGGAGGAUGCAGUGUGCCCAUGGAUUGACGCUUUGGAUGGGUUGGGGAAAACAGAUCACCCCUAAGCUUUACCUGCUUGGCUUGGCUAUAAGAAGUGGUUUUCUUCCUCUGGUCCCUUUAGGGGAUUCUAUUUCCUCAUUUCUUGCUGCUUUUUCCCUCACUGGUUCCGAGGAUUUUACUCCUUUUUCCAUGACCUUGAACCUAGCUUUGCCUUGGAGAAUCCAGUGGGUGCUGCUCCUGGUCCACUUCCUCCUGCUAAGUCUGAGGUGGCUUUACCUCCAACCCUCUGCCAGUUUGGCCCCUAAAAGCAUGGUGGCUCGAGACUGUUAGCCUGGCAGAGCUGGGGGUGAGCCCCACGCUCCAAGAGAACUCCUGGAACAGGCAGGAUGCUUCCCGCUUUCAGCAGCCUCCCCCGCCCUCUGGUCUCCCGGCCUGUGUCUGCCUCUCUGGGAUCACGUGUCCCAAGCCUCGUCCUGUGUUACUGUCUGACGCUUGUGUCUGUUGCUCUUUGAAUCGAGUUUGGAGGAAGAAUUGAAUUGUAUGUGUGGCGGCAUGUUGGUAGUGCCGGACCUAACUGUCUCGAGUCUCCUGGGCCUGGUUAAUAGAAUGUGGAAAGUGGCCCACGUGAAGGCCAGUGCUGACUUCUGAAUUUUGCAAUGGUGUUUUGACUUUUAAUGGCUGGCAGCCUAGGGGAUGGGGUCGAGGGAAGCAAGACCUCCCCUCCACUGUUCUCCCACUUACCUGGCCUCAGCACAGGUGAGACAACCCUGGGACACAGCGGGAGAGCCAUGCCGACACAGCUCACGUUCUGCUCGUCAGGCGGUCACCGUCCCCCACAGGGUCCUCUGCACUCUGCUCCCAGACCCCCAGGCCCAGCGCCUCGCUGCCACGCCCAUCCUCUUUGGGAGAAGUAUGAAUGCGUGUGUCUAAAUUAAAAGAAAUAUUUAAACAUUUUUUAACAAAAUAAAAAUUUAUUUUUGUAUUUAAGCUAAAUUGCCUUUUAAAUU